AUGAUGAGCAAUCCUGUUAUUGUUAAUAUUUUGACUAGCGAAAUCACAACUUUCAAAGAUGUCAAAGAAAUCACUAUUGGAAGAAAUACGGCAUCUUCUAUUGAUAUACCUUCCCCUGUUAUAUCCAGGACACAAUGUGCUAUAAUAUUAAAUGAGAACAAUGAAUGGUUUCUGACUGAUUUAAGUCGCCAUCAUUCUACACUGUUGAAUAAUAACCCUCUCCAAGGCACUAGCCACAUUUUAAAAAGUGGAGAUAAGAUUAGCUUUCUUCAUUAUAAAGAUGGAGAAUACAUUUUUUAUUACUCCCUUUCGAAUGUACCAAAUCCAGCAAAAAAGAGGAAGCUGGAAACUCAAACCGAUUGCACAGUUGAUAUUUUAACACCCAAUCCUGCUGAUGUUACGAACAGUGAUCAAAUUCUAUCUCAGAAUAAUGUAAUUGCAGAAUUAAACAGAGAAUUAGCUUUGUUAAAAGAAAAAUACGACUUGGCUCUUGAGGAAAUUGAUAAUCAGAGGAGGGUUAAUGAAACAGUUUCUCACAAACUGAAUAUACUUAUGACCGAAUCCAAUGACACAGUUUCCUCUCUUCAGAAAGAAAAAGAAUCUUUAAACAAUAAAUUAAAGGAGGAAGAAAUAGCUAAGGAAAAAAUGAUGAAUGAAAUUCAAGAACUAAAUGAAUUACUCAAAGAAAGUGAACUAGAACAAAUUCGGCUUAAUGAAGAGUGCAAGUGUAAGGAACUAAGUUCAGACAAUAAUUGUAAACAAGAUGAUGAGCCUAAUGCAUCAAAGGAAGAAAUUGAUUCAGAAGAAACUGUAACUACGGUAGCAGCAUUACAAAAACUUGUGGAAAUUGUAGAAAUUAAAUGGAAUGAACAAGAAAUGGAAAAUAUGAGAGAGCAGUUAAAGGUGCGCGAUGAGAAGAUUACGGACCUGGCUUUAGAGGCAGAAAAGUAUCAAAGCCAAAUUAUUGAGACUUUGGAUCGUGAAAUGUUAUGCAGUAUCUGUAAUGAUAUCAUUUAUGAGGCUACUGCUCUAAACUGCCGGCAUACAUUUUGUAGAUUUUGUCUGAUUGAAUGGAAGAAGAAGAAAAAGGAAUGUCCAGUGUGUAGAACCAAGAUAAAAACAGAAACUCGCCCUCUGGUGAUUGAUUCUUUUAUCGACAAAUUAGCUGAUACUAUCGGAGGGGAGCUAAAAACCAGAAGGUUGGAAGUUAAAGAAGAAAGAACUGCAAAGUCACCAAGAGGUGGCUCAUCUUCGUCGAGUAGAGCGCCUUACAACAGGAACAAUAGGAACAACAGGCGUACAAGAGGGAAUUUCAACACUAUUUCUUCAGCUAUGAGUAUCCUACAACCGUUGGUAAUAGAGUUGUCAGACCAUUUUGGCCCUGUUCCUGUUCCUGUAGUUCCUGGUUCUGUCAUAGACCUUACUGCGCCAUCACCGACGACGCCUCGUCAAAGAAGGAGAAGGCAGCCUAGCUCCUACUACAACCUCGUGUAA